ACUCGCCUCGAUUCGCACCCGACCAGUGCACCAACCCCACCCCAACCCUUCUCAUUCAUAAACUCAGUCCCAGGGUUUGCCAAAAGAGAAUAGAAUGCGUCAUUUAUAAGUCAUAACGCAAUAUAUGGCUUUAUAUAUAUAAAAAGAAGUACUUAGUUAAUUAAUGUUUUACACAAAAGAAAAGGCCAAAAUAGGAUGAAUAAUCGCUGCCAACGAAUCGGUGGUCGAUCUUUUGUGAAUGUAAGUCGUUCUUAAAUAUGGCUUCGAAAUUGUGGGCGACAAGGCUCGCUUCAUACCUUAAAAUUUCCGCUCACAAUAGAGGUUUAGCCACUGUCGUUGAUGAUCUAAAGUAUGCCGAGUCUCAUGAAUGGGUGAAAGUUGAAGGUAAUUGUGUUACUAUAGGCAUUAGUGAUCACGCCCUAGACCACUUAGGCCACAUUAUAUUUGUCGGACUACCUGAUGAGGGAGCUGAAGUGAAACAGGGCGCAGUUUUUGGCACUGUUGAAAGCAUGAAAUCAACCAGCGAUAUCAACUCUCCCGUUUCAGGAAAAGUGGUUGAGGUUAACACGGAGCUCACCGGUUCUCCUGGAUUGGUGAGUUAUAAAGAUGAAUGCAAGCCCUUACGAAAGGGGAUGGAUGGCAAAGGUGGAGAUGGCUAAUGCGGAAGAAGUGAAAAGCUUGAUGGACCCUGAGCAUUACUCCAAGUUCUGUGAAGAAAAAUAAGAUGCUUUAGGUGACCGUCGAUAGAUUUCCGUUGCAGUUGUUAGUAAUGGCUGCAGACUAGGGAGAAAAUUGAGCUAAUGAAAGUGAAGAAGAAGGGAUCCUCAUCCAAGGAUGGUGGCUAUUUGUAUGAAGAAGAACAGUUUCAACCUAGGAUGGAUGCAUAUGUGCUGCCAAGUAAAUAACAAUGUAAACAUCAUUUGCUUUUCAGAGUAUUUUAGGAAUUAUCUAGUUGAGUAUGCAGUAUAAGUCUCCUAGUUAUACUUAUGUAUGUUGAAUACUCUGCAUAUUCAUCGUCAAGGAAUGCCCCUGUCAAUCA